GGAUUUUUUCGAGAAAGUAUUAGUUGAAUAACACACAACACUGCUGGCCUUUACUUGCGCGUAAUGCCAAAUUUUAUUGUUUUUAGCUGCUAUUAGCAUUGCACUAGAAAUUUUUCAACCACACCAUGCAGGAACCACCAGUUUUACCUCCAGCAAUAAGAACAAAGCUGCACAGUUUGUUUAGUGAAAUUGAAAAAGAAUUUGAACUUCUCUAUUUAGAAAAUUUACAAUUGCAAGGCAGGGCCUCAGGGUCGUGGGACGCUGGCUCUAUUCAGGUGAGCGAGAAAGCCUCUGCAGUAGGCGAUGCAACAGAGCUGGAUGGUCUCAGGCAGAAAAAGCAAAAAGUGAGCCAACAAAGCUCUUUGCAGCGAGUAAAAGCAGCCACAAAGUUGAAAGCACAAACUAGCAAAAUAGUAUCUAGCUUCAAAGGUGCCCUUAUCACUACUUCUUUCGUGAAGGAAUUUCCUGGUCACCGCGAUGGUGUCUGGGACGUCUCAUGCCCUCGAUCCGGCCAGCCAUUUAUUGGCACAGCUUCAGCGGACCACACAGCUAGCAUUUGGAGCACAGCAAGUGGCGCUUGCAUUCUCAAGUACACGGGUCACUCUGGGUCGGUCAACUCGAUUCGAUUCCAUCCUUCGAGGGAUUUGGUUCUCACUGCCAGUGGCGACACAACAGCACACAUUUGGCAGGCAGACAUGGUAGGCAUUGUCUCGUUCCGCAGCACUGUUUUCUCAUCAGCUCUUUGUCGGCAGGGAAUAAAACCACUAGUCGAGCCUGAUCCAGACGACCAAGAAUGUGUCGACGACAAGACUGAAAGUCCAGCUCUGAGGACUCCUCGAUUCGAGCUCAAAGGCCACACUAACGCGGUCAUUGCUGCUGACUGGUUGUCUGCGGGCGAUCAAGUCAUCACUGGUAGCUGGGACAGAACUGCCAAUCUUUACGAUGCCAACACUGGAGAUUGCCUCCAGUCAUUUACAGGUCACGACCAGGAAUUGACUCAUAUACACACUCAUCCUUCUCAGCCAUUGGUGGUGACUUCAUCCAAGGACUGCACGUUCCGUUUGUGGGACUUUCGAGAGACUAUUCACUCGGUUUCUGUAUUCCAGGGACACACAGAGUCUGUGUCUUGUGCCGUCUUCACAAACGAAGACAAGGUUGUGUCUGGAAGUGAUGACCGGACAGCCAGGAUUUGGGACUUGCGCAACAUGCGUUCGCCUCUGAUGACCAUCCGCAAUGACUCGUCAGUGAACCGAGUGGCCAUCUCUUCAAGCGGCACCAUCGCCAUUCCCAGUGACAACCGUCAGGUGCGCUUCUUCGAUCUCGAGGGCCAGCGUCUUGGACGACUGUCCAGGUCAGGUAGGCAGGGACAUCGGCGCAUGGUUUGCUCAGUCGCUUGGGCCGAGGAGCCGCAGCAAAUAAAUUUCUACACUGCCGGCUUCGAUCGUUUGGUCUUGGGCUGGUCUGUCCAGCCGUGCAAGGAUCUAGUUUCUCGUUGAGUUUAAAUUUUCUACCCUGGAUAUGUUUUUAGACGUGUUGGAAAAAGGCGUUGGCUCUUUUCUCAGUCAGUUACCUUGUCACUGGUGAAUGCAUGGGUGAAUAAAUUGGCAAGGCCAAAUGCUUGAAAACAAAAAAGUUGUCAGUGAAAUUGAAUUUGAACCUUUCACUCUGCAAUUAACUAAAUUAAUUAGUCUCGGAUUAUAGGCGCCGUAAUAUUUUAAAAUUGCUACUAAAAAUGCCAUAAAAUGCAAGAUGUUAUUUAAUCUAUUUAUAUUCUUGUGUUUAAACCUGUCCAUGCUUUAUUCAGUUUGUACCUCAAAAGGUCAACAGGAUUAUUAAAUUUUUGAUAAAUUAACAAAUCUUGCCUAAACAUAUUCAGAAUCCAAUUUCACUCGCAGCAACCUCAAAUAGCAAUGAGUGGAAUGUACCAGUUGAUACAAUUUGGUGUUUGGUUUGAAAUUAAAGUUGAAGUCCAAGCAAAAUGUACUUAAAUGUUUGCUUGUCAGCACUAUUUAAUUAUUUUAUGGUUAUUCUUGUUUGAGAAGCAGACAAAUAAAUCUUUCAGGGAGCACGUGAAGCUGCGACUUUUCACGCAGAUUCAAAGCAAUAUAUAACAAAUUCUCUUCUGGGGAAAUUUCUGCUCUCGAAAUGAGCAACUUGCUUAUUUCAUCCGACAGAUUUAUUCUGGGCUGAAAAUUAAUCACCAGCUCGCUAAAGGGCUGUUACAAUCAUUCCAUCGAUCACUUGUAGUAAAAAUUGUUGCUCUUGUGAGAAAGCAGUCAGACAAGCUAUAAAUUAUUGCUGAGCGUGUACUCUCAUGCAAGGCGUUGUAUGAGAGAGCCCAAAGAAACAGGCUUAUCACUGCAUUCUUUACAAUCAUUCAGAAGUAAUCUGCCCUCAAGUGACUGCUUUCUUCACCCUUGAUAAAUUUAAAUUAUUUCGUUUUCAUUCAAUUAAUUUUUUGCCUUCGCCAGCCACACGUCUUUAAACUUACACUACUUAUUGUUACUUUGUUCCUAUGAUCGAAAAAAAUGUAUUCCUGUUGCAAGGCUAUAUUAUAAUUUUCAGUUGACUAUGAUCUUAAUAACUCAAUGAAGACGCAUUACAGUAUGAACAUCUCAAUGGUGCAAAUGCAUUUUAAAUUGUGCUAAAACGUGCCAAAUCUUAAAAGUUUCACACUUGAGCAGUAAUUUUCGUGCACGGUAAAAUAUUUGCAAUAAAAUCCACUUUUAUUUGUUAAAACAUGUAUAAUUGUUACUUAUUUAUCGUAUACAGUAUAAUAUAUUAUUAUGCACUUUGGUGUUCAGGUACAUGAUGAAUGUCAAGAAUUAUUCAGGUUGAUCUAGAGCUAAAAUCGAGAUAACUCGCCACUCAAAGCCUUGUCUUUUAAAACUCACCGUUCAAACCAAUUCUAGUUAACCUCCCGCACAUUUUAGCCGUACGCUAUGAAAUAAUAUAUUUAUCAUAUUUAUCAAGAGUCUGCACUAAUCCCGUUUGUGGUCGUUACCCACAUCGACAUUUUCGACUGAUGUUAUGAUCGUUGAAACUCUUCUAUGUUCUACUUGUUAAUGUUUGUAAUGCACCGUGUUAAUAGUCACGGGAAGUAAUUUAGCUCAGUUCAAAACAGUUCGCGAUGUUGCAGUUGUAUUUAUUUCAUUAAAAAAUGUUGCAGGAAAAUUAAAUAUGUGGAGAGAGAAUUGGUUAAAAAUAUUUCAGGUGUUUUUAAAAAAAAUAUCUAUUAUCGACGGCUGUGUCAUAAUUGGAUUAUAAGAUAAAUUUAUACUAUAGCGAGCGUGGUGCAACUCAUGGAAUUGUGUCAUUCAAAUUCUUUCUGGAAGCCGAGCGAUGCAGCAUCGUUGCCGUUAGAAAUUUUUACUUUCAAAGUGGUGCCGGAAAAAUUUUUAGCACUGAAAAUAGUUAACCAUUUCAUUAUCUUACACACAGCCGGUGAUAAUGGAUUCAGCAAUGCCUUUGUCAAAAUAAAAAUUCACGUGGUUUCCAUCCUUUGAUUGUUUAGCUAAAAUAGUUGCAAGAAAUCCUCCAAUAUUAACACAAAAAUGUAUUCACUCUCUCAAAUGGAAUGUAACCCGAUGAAAUUAUGGAAUUAUACAACAUAUUUAUUCUCGUCAAUAAAAAUUAGAGCACCUUCCUGAAAUCGAU